AUGGCGGACAGCCUCAAGGCGCUAGGGAGCACCCAAGCCCAGUUCAGCGCCAUCCUCGAGGGCGCCGCCAAAAGCUUCUCCGACGCCUCGGGCGAGAAGCUCGUCGACUUCCUGAACCCGCCGCUCAAGUCGGUCGCGGACCUCACGCGCCAGCUGGACCUGCAGAACAGCGACUUUGGCCAGUUCCGCGCCCGGCGGCAGAAGAUCUUCGGCACGCUGGCCGCGGCCCUGACGCCGGUUGAGGUCAUUGGGGAGAUCGUGGCCGGCGCGGCGUCCGACACCUUUUCGCCGGCAGAGGGCAUCUUUGGCGCCGUGGCCUAUUUGAUCGGCGGUGCUCGCGAUGUCUCGGCCAUCUACGACGCCAUUGUCGAGUUGUUUGAGCAGUUGAAGGACUUUACGGGGAGACUUGAGGUAUACGUCAAGCAUGAAAUGUCCGUCUCUCUACGGGAGAAGCUUGUUGCAAUUUUGGCCACUCUGUUCGAGGUUCUUGUGCUGGCCACCAAGGAAAUCCGAAGAGGCCGAGUCAAGGCCUACUUCAAGAGCAUUUUCGGCUCCGAAAGCAAGGUACAACCCGCUCUCGAAAAGCUCAAGGCCCUGACCGUGGGCGAAGAAAGGCAGGUAAUUGCUGAUACCUACGGCGGCGUGUCUCAAAUCAACGUUAAGACGGACCGCGUGGAAGCCAUCGUCACUGAAGUGGACCGAAACGUCGCAACGUUGAGGAAAGAGGCCUCACUAUUGCGGGCCGAAGCACGCGAGAGGACAAAUGCUGCGCACAAGGAUAAGCUAAAGGAAAUCCUAGAGCCGUCUCCGUUCCCCGAGGAUUUCUUCUCCUCGUUCAACAAGUCGCGAAUAGACGGGACCGGAGACUGGAUCCUCAAGGAUGAGGUAUUGCAGUCCUGGCUUCAGGCCGAGACGCCGUACCUCUGGGUGUCCGGCGCCGCAGGGACGGGAAAGUCGUUCCUCACCACCCGGCUGAUCGCAUGGGGCUUGGAGAAGCUCUCGCAUCUGGGAUACUUUUACUUCCGCGACAACAACCCGGAAACGAGAUCGGUCCUCCAGGCGCUUCGAGAUGUGGCAUAUCAACUCAGCGAAGGCGACGCCUUCUACGCCAAGCAGCUCCUCAAACUGCUCUCCAGCGGCGAGGAGAUCAAGACCAUCCCCAGCGCGUUCCGAAAGCUCCUCGUGGAGCCCUUCCAGGAGGACCAGCGCGAGAAGACCAUCUUCAUCUUCCUGGAUGGCAUCGACGAGGCGGAUCAAAACGACAUCGCUGAGCUGCUCGACCAGCUUUCCAUAGACGACGACGCGUUUAAAAGACCGUCCCACUGCAGAGUCCAGGUCGCCCUCAUUGGACGGCCUCAUUUAACAGAGACGGUGACGUUUACGCUCGAUCGGGCGGGCCAGGGACAGGUGGUGACAACGCUGCACGUCACGCCCGCCCUCAGCGCGCACGACGUCAACUCGUUCAUCACCGAGAGCGUGCUUCACUCCCGAGUUCUCAGGGGUCUCGGCGACGAGUUCAAGUAUCACAUCAUCGAGGCCAUGGUGUCGCAGGUCGACGGCCUGUUCAUCCUCGCCAAGUUCAUGCUUGCCGAGAUCAGCCGGAAACGGCGUCCGCGGUCGAUUCUGCAAAGCCUGCAGUCGUACCCCAAGGAGAUUAACGGCAUGCUGAAGCAGUCGCUCAAGAGCCUCUCCGCAAUGAUGAAGGAGGACGACGAGGAGGCAAAGGAUCUCAAUGAGAUGCUGAGCUGGAUCGCGUGUGCAGAGGAAGUCUUGAGUCUGGAGCAACUCGAGGCCGUUCUCAUCCUCAAGUUUGGCGACCCUCCGAUUGGUCUUGAGGAGACACUGCGAGGCCCGUAUGCGUGCUUCUUUGAGCUCGAGCGAGAGGACGGCUUGACCACGGACGACUUGGUAAGGGAACACGAGAGAAAGCACCGCCUGAACCAGGAUGGCUCCGGAAGACGAUCCAGUUCGGCCAGACGGCCGACAAGACGCCCAAGUUCGACUGGGAGUGGAGGGCGGCCGAGUUUGGCCAGUCCUGAUGGAACGCUCGAUCUCCUUAAAAAUCUGAAUCUAGGACGGAAUCGCAGCCCUGUGUCGCAGCUGUCGCCAAAUGGGAGCCCAGGCCGAAGCCCAGCUCGACAUUACAGCCCAGGUCGCAGUCCAGUCCGACAUUACAGCCCAAUCUCAACCCCCGACCUCGUCGACCCCAUGAACGAGAUGGAGUUCCGAUCUAACAAGUCGACCACAUACGUCUCCUUCUUCCACACGUCAGUAAAGGAGUUCUUUAGCAAGGAAAACUCCACAACCAAGUCGGAGGGCGACACGCCGACAAUCGGGUUCGACCCCACCACGGCGCGAGUGCACAUCUUGAAGAUCUGUCUCUCGAUUUUCACAGACAGGGCCUGGUUCGCCAAGUUCGACCUCGGCGACGGAUGGCAGCCGAUCAGGGACUACGCUGCGUGGUACUGGCAGGAGCAUGUUGCGGCCAUUGACCCGGCCACGAUCCCCGUCGCAGACAAGCGCAGCAUUGGACAGCAGAUACACAAGAUGCUCACCGACGACGACGUUAUUCUGGCCUGGAGCAUCCUGUACGAGAAGAACAACGAAGGACUGGAGGUUCUCACCGACCGCAACAUCGAGGGUCUUCGGAAGUGGAUGAGCAAUCCGGACGUCCUGUCCGGCCUCGCCCCAGAAGCCAGAGACUGGGCCACCAAGGGUGUAUCCGAGUCGCCCGGCAUCUUCAAGCCGAUCGGUGACCUCUACGCCAGAGCAUGGCUCUCGGACAAGUUUAACAGCUAUACGCCGACUCAGUUCUGUUUCAAGAUUGUCCACGCCGUCGCCUAUAUGCAGGAGGGCUACUCGUGGUCGCACACCAACGCCCACUGGGCGGACGUUCCCAUCAUGCAAAGGAUCGUCAAGGCCGAGAAAUGGGCCAAUAUAGAGGAGACUGCGCACUAUCACCGACGACUGGGUAGUACUUAUCUGGUCAACGGAAUGCACAGCCAGGCUCUUUCACAUUACGACGAGGCUCUGGCGCUCGACCACAACAGCGUCGAGACUGUCGGCCGCAUCGCAUACUGCCUCUCCAAAGACGGGCGUUUCCCAGAAUCACUCGUGCAGGCGCUCAAGUGCGAGGCAAUAGAACUAGCGAGCAUUGCAGGAGGAAAACUCGACGCGCAAACUCUCAAGAGCACCAAGUGGCGUCUGUACAAGGACCACAUCCUGAUUGCCAACUGCUACAGCGAAAUGGGAGAGUCGGAAAACGCCCUGGUGUACUUUAAAAAAGCCGUCAGGAGCUCCAAGGAUGCUGCACUCGGCCCGGUGGAGACGUUUGAUUCCGAGGUUGGCUACUUGGAGCUGUUGGCCGUUGAGAACCGCCACGCAGACGUGAUGAAGUUCCUCCAUGAUGAGUCCAGCGAGAUCACCGAUGCCGAGAGUGAGCGAACGCGGUUGGUCGACAUUCUCUUGGAAGAGCACAACAAGCCGCUGGUUAUCGACUGGAUCCCAAGAGCUGCGAGCAAAGCGAAUGACGCCGCAUUCCUAAUUGAUCAGCUCGAGUUCUCCAUCGACCUCGCUCACGACAUCCGAGAUCCCCUCAAGGCCAUGUAUCUCCGGCACUCCCUCGGAACAACGUACGCAUACAGCCGCGACGUCAAAGCUGCCAUCCAGCUCUUCGAGGAGGUGUCCUUCAUCGAGUAUCGGCCGCGGGGCAACGUCCCCACACGACAGGCAUAUGCCUUGGCCUUUCAGAAACUGGCUUCCCUGUACAAGGAGGAGGUUCUGCACGCCGGACUCAAGACGCCCGAGGCCGACGUGUGGAUCAAGAAGCUCGAGAGGGUGCAGAUCCAGCAGAGCAAGCACCAGAACCAGGAUAUGCCGCUGAACAUGGUUGGGUCUGAUAUCAACGUUGCGGCCAUCUACCUCGGCCUCUUCUAUCGCCUCCUGGGGAGAAAGGAGGAGGCAGAUCCUUUGUUGAGGAAGCUCAUCAUCGACAGCCUGGAGAUUCUCUCCGACGACGACGCUCAGAACGACGAGUAUGCACUUGACAACCUCCUCUCUCUGCUGAUCGCCGCCGACGACAUCGAGAACGCCCGCGCUCUAAGCCAAUCCAUGCGCAAGCUCGACCCUCAGCUGCUCACAUACUCGCCCACCGACUCCCCCGUGCUCCAGCGCAUGGAACCCAAGCUACCAGAGAUCCAAUCAGUGCAACACAGCUGCGCGCAAUGCCUCGACUACAUCUCCCCGUCGGAGGAGUACAGCAUGUGCGAGUACUGCAUGGAGAGCUACUGCAAGCGGUGCCUGGAGAUGAUCAAGAAGGACGGCAACAAGACGAGCGACCACCGGACGGACCUGAUCUGUCGCAGCGACCAUGUGUGGUUCCCGGUGCCGCCGCUGACACGGGUGUUGCAUCGUGGAGAGAUUCUGCUCGUCAAUGGCGGUGUUGCGAGCUUUACGGAGUGGAAGGGUACGCUGCAAAAGAGAUGGAGUUGA